CAACAGUACCCAGCAUAGCAAAAGAUAAUGAAGUAACCGCGAGACUGUCCCCACCUUGCCACGUCACCUCAACCGAAAAUUUACCCCGUCUUCUUCUUCCCCUCUCUCUCUCUCCACUUUGGAUUUGCAUUUCUGCAUUAACAAAACCCAGUCGGACAUAACCGUACACACACUCACACAGUAGGUGACCGAACUAAUUUUAGCUCAUAUUCACUUUACAGUUGAUUUCUCUUCUCUUUGAUCCUGUUGCCCUUCUAUUCCCAUACUUCUUAGCUCUUGAUUCCUUCUCUGGUUUGCGGAUUUUUGUUGCUUCAAUUUGUUCAAUUUGGACUGUUGCUCUAUCCUAUUGGGGAUUUAUGACUUGACGUACCCAUGUGAAUAAGACAAUUCAGGGCUUCGUGCAUCAGAUGAAUCUGUUUGCUGAAUGCUCUUGUCAGUAUCACCUGAUGUGAAUUCAAGUGGUCAGCAUACUUUGUUGCUUUCGGAAGCCUUUUCCCUCCAGACUGUUCGGUUCACAGUAAGAUGAAGCGCAAACGUGGGUAUGCUAAGCGCAAGCCACUUAAGAAACCACAGAUAGCUGAAGACCACUCUCAGUGUGAUGGAAAUGAUGGGGUCGACUUCAGAGUCGAAGCUGAAACAGCACAUGCUGCUGCCAAUAUGCAUCGUCUACAUACAGCACGAGAGGAAGAGGGUUCUCUUGGGAACUUGGAUGCUGGCGAUUCAAUCCCCACUAGUAAUAUAUUCAAGAAUGUUGCUAACUUUGCUGCUAAACUGUCAAGAACUGUUGGUUCCUCAAAUGUUGAGCUUACCAAUAAAUCAUUACCAGUGCAUGGCGACAAAAUACUUGGAAGGGAACGUGGUGUAUGUCAUUUGGAUCCUGUAAACAAUGAGCAAGAGUUGAAUGCCGCACUCUCGGUGAUUUUGAAUGUUAUGAAGAUGGAUGCUGCUAAGCCCUUUAAUAUUCCCGUGAACCCUGUAGCACUUGGAAUUCCUGAUUAUCUUGAUGUUAUUGAUACCCCUAUGGACUUUGGCACCAUAUGCAACAAUUUAGAAUGGGGUGGAAAGUACAGAAAUUCGAAGGAAGUAUUCAAGGACGUGCAGUUAAUUUUUGAUAAUUGCUCCAAAUACCACAAGGAAGGUGAUUACAUACUGGAUCUCAUGCAGCGUGUGAGCUCUAACUUUAUGAAGCAGUGGAAUGCAGCUGGCUUAUUUAGUCCAGGAGAAGAAGUUGAUCAUGGAAAGAAUCUUCAAGAUGCUACUGAAUGUUGUACAAGAAAAAACAAUGAUCGGAAUGUGUUUCAGUCAGGGGCUAAGAUCUCCAAUUCCAUCCUCCAAGAAAAACAGGACUUUACCAGUCUUUGCCAAAUGCAGCAACAUGAAACUCCAUGCAUCAGCCUCACGCAAUCCAAAUUUUUGCACCCUCAGAACCAAGGUGAAAGGCAGUUUUCAGAGUUUCAGUCUUUUCAUCCCCAGUGCAGUGGUCAUCUUGCUACUGCAGGACACAAUGUACAUGCACAUUAUCAUCAAGGAGGUCGAAGUAGUGGAAUAAACAGGCAACUGCAAGAUGAGAGUAGGCCUCAGAAAGAAAUCUCCCAUCAGCUCUCAACCAGCUGUGGUUCAAAAUACCAUCUGAAUGACAGACCUUCCCAAUAUCAACGAAGGUCUGUCCAUCAUCAUUAUUCAACCAAACCCACUGCCCCAAACACUGAAAGUGCAGGCCAUUUUCAUUUACCAUAUCAAGGAGUCUCAUCAUCCCCAGCUUGCGAAAACUGUGAGGAUGCUUGCACUUCCGUUCCAAGGGUUAGUAGCGUUAACAACCACAAUAACUAUGAGACGUGCUCUUGCCACUAUCAUGAGCAUCAAUCUUUGUCGAGAUGUAGACAUCAAUAUCAACCACCUACCAGAUCCUGUGACCACCCUUCCAACUUAAGGGAGAUGCUGAAUACUGAACUUGAUGCCAGAGAAAAUGUCGAAAAAGGCAAUCCACAUUGGCACUCUCCUAUGGAACCUGCUGUAAGACAUACCAGAAGUAGGUUUGCAUAUCCAACUGCUUCUCCUACUGGUCACACUAUCCACCAGCAGCAAUUUCAGAAUGUCCAAAGGGAAGUGCAGCAAUCCACAAUGUUACACAGCCACUCUAAUCGGCUGCAGGAGCAGGGUCAGUUCGAUGUAGGUCUCCCAGAAACUCACCAGCCACAGAACAUGGAAAAUACUAAUCAUGCUGAGCAACCCUAUGUGCCAGCACCUGCGGAAUCUACUGCUAGACCUGCAAAUUUCCGGCCGGUUCACUCAGGAUCGCCAUCUACUGUUAACAGCAGUGAUCAAGAAGAAUGUCCAGUGGGUCCAAAUGAAUCUCAAUCACCAUCACUAGAACAUCCAAAUCAGCCCAUCGAACAUGAGAAUCCACGUCAAGCAACUGCAGCCAUACCAUCAUCGUCUGUGCCACAGGGCGAGAGUUGUGAGGCACAUAUUGCAGAUUCCACCAGAGUGUUGAAGAAGACUAGAGGGCGAGGGCCCACAAGGUGCCUCAAGUUUUUGAAUAAAGGGAAACCUAUACCUAUUACCACUAAUGAGCUGGGACAACCAGUCGGUGUUGACGCACCAAAACUGAUCAGCUUUCUUGGUACUUUAGCAAGGAAUGGGCACAUGGCACCGCUUACGUUUGUUGACUGGAGAGCCAUGCCAGAGGAGAAGAAGGAGAACAUGUGGCAGGAAGUUCAGGCGAGGUUUGAAAUUGAUCCAAACAGUAAACGAUGGGUCACCAAAUCCCUCAGCAAGAAGUGGAAAGACUGGAAAUCAAAGUUAAAGACUGCACAUUACAUCACUCAUGCAACUGAUGAAGAGAGACUAGCUGACCGUGAUGAGAGAGUUCUUCCAGAUCAAUGGGCAUACCUUGUUUCCCAUUGGAGUUCCGAGCUGGCAGAGAAACGCAGUGCUCGGAACAAGGCUAAUCGUGCCAAGCAGAAGUUUGGCCACAUUACUGGAACAAAGAGCUUUGCUAGAAUACGUGAAGAGCAGAGAGCUAACAGACCAGAUGGGAAGGCUCCAUCGCGUGCAGAACUAUUCAUCUUGACUCGCACACGCAAGGAUGGGAAUCCUGUGAAUGAAGCAUCCUCGGCAGUGAUUACACAGCUUCGUGAAAUCGCAAAUCAGCAGAAUGACACCGGCCAAAAUAGCGGUUCUGGAGAUGAUGUGUUCUCUCAAGUCAUCGGUCGAGAUCCUCGUGGCCGAAUUCGUUGUGAAGGACUGGCUCCAUCUUCCUCUGAAUUUGGUGGAGGAGGUCCUUCCAAGGCCGAGGCCAUGAAAAUGGUGGCCGAGGCAAAUUCUGAGGUAUGUCAAAUGAAAGAAAGAUUGGUGGCAAUGGAGCAGACUUGUGCACAGAUGGCGCAACAGAUGGCCACAAUGAUGUCAAUGAUGGCUUCCAUGCAAAAAACCUCUAAAGAUGAUAAUGUGCCAUCUCAAGUAGGUCUAACCUCAAACCUCUUCAUUUUGUGGUUUCUGAGUUCUAUAUUCUUGAGAGCCAGCAGGUUAUCGUGUCUGGAAACUGUAGAUUCGCAAAUUAGGAUCUUCUUAGCUGCCACUAAAUUUUUUUUUAUUUUAUUUUUUUUAAUGUGGUUAGGUUAAUGAUGGUUCUGGUACAGGCGGAUGUUCAUCAGAGCAACAAGUGCAGUCUACAUCAUUGAGACGCUCAAGUCGGCUAGGAAACAUUUAGAUUUACAACGUCAAAGGAUUCAGACUGAUUCAGAUUUAUUAUUGUAAUUCAGUAUAUAUAUAUUUCCAGAAAAAGUAUAUAUAAUUGUAAGGAAUACCUCAUAUGUGAUAUCAAUUCUGCCAUUACAGUAUUCCAGGGAAUGUGAAAUGGAUUGUUGUACUUAAAACAGAAGUGUACCCUCCUUUUUUUGUCCCUCUUUCCCUCCUUCCCUUGCUGUGA